CCAUCUGCCAAAUCUCACAGAUCACACAACACCAUGCAAGCUCACCACCCUUUCUCCUACAUAUCAUCUUGUCCUGGUAAUAGUACUAGUAGUGCCUUCUUGGAACCUCAUCAUCAUCAUCAUGAAGCUGUAGUGGAUGAAGCUUCCAUCUCCCUCUCUCUUGGCCCUCCUGGCCAACAACACCAACAACACAACAACCCCAACAAAGCCGUGACUUCUUCCAUUCCUCACCACCAUUACCAGCAAAACCCUACUACUACUACUAGCUCUGAUGAUCAUCAUCGUCAGAGAGGUGGUGUAACUGUGGCCCUUCACAUUGGCCUUCCCAGUACUACCCCAACAACUUCACCAAACAGUGUCACCACGACUACUACUACUACUAGCAAGUCGCCUGAUCUUCAUUUGGCCUCUGCUGCACCCAACAUUCAGGGCCAGUACUGGAUCCCUUCUCCUGCUCAAAUCCUCAUUGGACCCACCCAGUUCUCUUGCACUGUAUGCAACAAAAUGUUCAACCGUUUCAACAACAUGCAGAUGCACAUGUGGGGACACGGUUCGCAAUACAGAAAAGGCCCUGAAUCACUUCGGGGCGCAAAGCCAGCAUCGUCGAUGCUGCGGCUUCCCUGCUACUGCUGUGCGGAGGGCUGCAAAAACAAUAUAGAACACCCGAGAUCACGGCCGUUGAAGGACUUCAGGACCCUCCAGACGCACUACAAGAGGAAGCACGGGGCGAAGCCGUUCGGGUGCCGGAAGUGCGGGAAGCCUUUUGCGGUGAGAGGUGACUGGAGGACGCACGAGAAGAACUGCGGGAAGCUAUGGUUCUGUAUCUGUGGGUCUGAUUUCAAGCACAAGAGGUCGCUUAAGGACCAUGUUCGUGCCUUUGGGGAUGGACAUGCUCCUCACACUGUGGAGAGCUGUGGUCGGGUGGGGGAGGAUGGCUUGUUGUUGUUGGGGGAUGAUGAUGAUGAUGAGUUGGAAGUGGAGGAGGAUGAUGAGGAGGAGGAUUAUAAUAGUAAUGAUUUGGUUUUUGGUUUUAAUUAAUAUAUGAUAUGAUAUGUAGCGUGGAAUGGAUAUAUUCUAUGGAUUGAAAUGACCUCUUAUAUUAAAAAGAAAAAAAAAUAUGAC